UCAGAAAAAUCAUUUGGAGUAACCUCUGACGAGGUUCGAACCCCCAGCAUCACGUGAAAAUUCGAUUCAUGAAAUAUAAAAAAUAAAUUGUUGAUUCCUGGAUUUUUUUAUUGAGGAGUGAUGGGGAACGUUGGGGCACAGCUGAUGAGGCCGGCGAAGUCUUAUAAUAUUGUUAAUAGAGCGCAGAAGGUUAUCAAUAAAGAGAAACCCGUACCCGCGCCGACUUAUCCAUCCACUGCCAAGCAGAUAGAAAUAGCUGAUGAAGUGGAUCCAAACUUCAUGGAGAGUCAUAACAAGCAGGACCCAGCCCUUCAUGAUCGAUUGAAGCAGGUGUUCGUUUCAUCAAAUGUUCAAUUUGCAGGCACGACACAAAGAUCAGAGAAACUUCCACAGAAUACGAAAGGGUCUGAAGAGUGGGAUUAUGGAUUUUGGCAGCCAGAUAAAGCACCAAAGGGAAAAGUACUCCUGAGGGAUGCAUUGAAGUUCAUGUCUGAUCAUAUGACUGAUCCCAAGAACAACGACGCGAAAACGAUAGCAACACAGUACAAAUUGGAUCAAAAGGACGUUGAUAAUAUUUUAGAAUAUUACCGAGUCUUCCAGAUACUAGUCCCACCUAAGGAGACUCAUCCAGGGAAUAUACAACUUCCAACUUUUAGAAAUCUAAUGGGAGAAUCUUCAAAAAAGAUAUGGAAAGGAAAAUGAGUAGCUACGUAAUUAAUACGAGUAAAAGUGGAUCAUAGUAAUCAAUGAAGGAUAUUUAAUAGUUGUAUCAAAUAUUCUUAUAAAGAACACUGUAAAUAAGGACUAAGAACUGUUAAUUAAAUAAAUCAUGAAUUCAAAAAA